UUACCAACACUGUUAGGCGAAACGAAUAUAUUGGAAAAGUUUGAGAACCACUGUUGGAGAGUAGUCAUACAGGAAUGCAGAAUUGGUCACGGAGGAAGCGUAGAGAUUACUUUCCGAUAUGAAUACGCGACGAUAUACGGGCGAAUCGAAAAGAAUACGGAGAUGAUGUCGUAGUAAAUGAUACGGUUGUUUAACCAGUUGUUUCUCUGUAUGUGCAAAUUUAACUUAAUUUUAAAGAUAAAAAUGUAUAGGAAAGACACUAUCUUGCGGUACAACAAAUUAAGAAAAUAAGUAAAGUAAAUAUCGAUCUAGUGUAUCUUGUGCACAAGCAUGUAUUGCUCAUUUAAUUCGUUUUAAUCCGUUUUAAUUCGUUUGAAUUGGUGAACUUAAAAAGUGCAAUUUCAAAGUGCAUCGAUACAAGUCAACAUAACCGUAAAAUAAAAAAUCGAAAGAGUCGUGUUUUAUGCCAUUUUUUGAGUAUAAUAUUUUAAAAAUGCAUCUGCUUUGACAAUAUUGAUCGAGCAUCGAAUGAAAUACAAAAGAACGUAUGAUAAAGUAUUCGUUUUGAAACAUACGAAAUACAUUCCCGUUUAUUUUUUUUUAGCAAAUGAUAAUUGUUUGCCACUGCGAAUGAUCCUAUUUUAUGUUCUGCUUAAAAAAUAUUUUUAAGAUGCGAGUGGAAAGUUCGUUAAUUCAAUUAGUCAUUAUAUUUUUAUAUAUUUUAAAAACAAAAGCAGAAGGCAUUAUGUGCUACCGUUGUGUAGCAGCAUUUUCAGGAUAUGACAAAUCCGAACAACUUUGUUCCCAAUUUAAUGGAAAUAAAACGUUUCAAGUUUCUUGUCCUACGUCAACAUUUUGUGUAAAAAAAACUAUCUAUUAUAAAUCACAAACAUCCAUGGUUAAAACGGUUCAAAGAGACUGUGCUACUCAAAAGUAUUUAUCUAAAUCUUACGAUCAUGAGAAAAGAGAAUGGUACGAUACGGAAGAAGUAAUAAAAACAGUUUAUGAAGAGGGCUGCGCUACUGGCGAGGAUAGAGGAGCAACUGGUAGACCACCCGAGUAUUGCUACUGCAAUUCCAAUUUGUGUAAUUUCUCUCCUUCAAAUAAGACAGUAAAUGCGACUACUGUCUCCCUAUUGACGUUAUUUUUGUUAUUUGUUAAAUUCUUACACGUUUAAGAGAAAUGGUAAUGGAAUUUUAUUGUUCAAAAGGCUAAUGCAAAUAUUGUAAUGCAUAUAUAGGAUAAAAAUUUAAACAUUGAUUAUACGCGAGGCAUAAUUUCAAAGAAAAAUAUCUACUAUGAGAUAUAUUCAAUGCAUUUCUUAUCAUGCAACAGUAUUCAAUGCAAUGAAUGCUUAUAUUCAAGAAUGUACUUUUAAUAUUGUGUAUUGUAUUUAUACAAAUUUACAUAAAAAUAGAUAUUAAUACUUUUGUGAUAUCAUUAUGUUUAAGGAAAUAUUUAAGUACAAUAAAGAGAAGCAGAAUCUCAUA